AUGAAACCAUCUCAAGUUGUCGUCGGAGAUGACCACCUAAAAGUCUUCAAGUUAGACGACCCCAACACAAUCGACUUGAUUCAACGUGCAAAGGAGAGCGACACAUACGAUCGGAAUCUAACGAUUCGUCAAGCUCUCAAGAAAUACAAGGUAGCUGUUUUUUGGGCAAUGUACAUGUCAAUGGCGCUUGUCAUGGAAGGUUUUGAUGCAAACAUGCUGGGCUGUAAGAUGAGUUCAUUUUAUGGCCGGACACAGUUUCUAGAGCGCUUUGGCGAGUAUGAACAUUCUACCGGCAGGCGCUACAUUUCAGCAGCAUGGCAGUCUGGCUUGUCCAAUGCUUCUGCGGUCGGUCAGUUGUUUGGCCUUGCGAUCAAUGCCUACUCACAGGACAGGUUUGGCGCCCGAAGUACUAUUAUGGUCUUCAUGAUUUGGAUGGCAGCAGGUAUUUUCAUUCCUGUUUUCACGCCAUCCCUGAUUGUACUGGCUAUUGGGGAAUUCAUGUGUGGAGUCCCAUGGGGGGUAUUUCAAACGCUCAGCACGACUUACGCUUGUGAACUGGUACCCGCCAUGCUUCGACCGUUUGUCACUGCUUGGGUUUAUUGGAAUUGGGGAGCUAAAGCUGCCUGGUUCUUCGCUGGAACAAAUUUGAUUUGCAGUAUUUGGUGUUGGUUCCGUCUGCCAGAGACGAAAGACCGUACAUUUGGCGAGAUUGAUUUAUUGUUCGACAAAAAAGUUCCAGCUAGGAAAUGGAGGACCACUCGAGUCGAUCGCGUUUUGGAACCCAGAACGAUUGACGAAACCCUGGAGAAUCUCCAUAAGCACAGAUGCGUCGACCCCGAAUUACCAGAUUUCUCAGUUGCGAUUAUUAUUCAUCACAUUAUUCAAUGGAACUGGCAAGUAGAGCGAUAUUACACCAACCCCCUGUCUCAGUGGAAUCCAAAGGAAUAUGGUCAUGGAAGCAGCAAACCGCGAAAUUAUGUGUCACCUACUCACUAUCCAGCUGAGAUUCCUCAAAUUGCGGAUUGGAGGAAUAGCGCUUGUGACUGUCUAGAUGUGCUCCACUGGAACGCCGUCAGCGACUCGGCCAAGACGGGAGAUUUCGAGGGUUCGGUGUUUCUGUAUCUACACCUGGCUCGUCUCGUUUUGCUGACUCCGUUCAUGGAGCUUAGAACCUUGUUUGAAAGCUUCAAGUCGGGUGAGGCGUCCGCAACACAGUGUUUUGGACAUGCUUCGAGACCCAAAUGCGAGCAGAUAGCAUGGUGCUGGUUUGAUCGCGACAGGUACAAGUGCCGCCUGGCAGUACUUCAUGCGGGUGCCAUUUACUGGCAUAUUCGAAGGUAUCCCUCUGAUACCAUGCUCCAACCUUUCUCAAUGUUCAUGGCCACCGUGGUCCUGUGGGCCUAUGCGCUAUGUUGCCGAGCGGCUGCCUCAAAAGGCUCUCCUUUGGCCGUGUCGAUACCAGCAGAACACUCCGACGUGUCCAGGCCUAUACCAGGGGGCCUGCCAGGUGAAAACGUCGACCCAGACGAGCCUUCCCGUGCGGUGUGCUCCCCUGCUACACCCAGUAUCCGCAAUGGUCCCCCCUUUGAGAACCGUCCAAGAGAGCAAAGGCGGAGCGCAGAAGACUCCCACAACCUUGCAUCUGAUGAUGCCUUGGAGUCACGCUCUCAGUUGCCCAACUUCAUGCAUAUCGAGCGGCCGAUUGAUGACGAUCUAGUCCAAAAUUUCAUACAAUCGGCCGAAGGAAUACAGGUAUACAUUGAAGGCGUCGGUGACUUGUCUUGUGUCGAUUCGAUGCGUGUCAUCCGAGAAGGCGCACGGAUUCUGAAGAGGCGAUGUGGGCAUUGGGGCACAGCUUUGAAGUUUCUGUGUGUCCUUGAAAGCGCUUCUCGAUAA